AUGGACGACACCGUGAACAAGAGCGGGCACCGCAAAGUUGGCGGCGGCGCUCCGUACUGGGGCGCGGGAGGACCCAAGCUGCCUCCGCCCGUGUCGCCCAGGAAAAGCGACAAAUCGCCAGCGAGGGCGCCGAGGGACUCCGCCCAGGACACCGGGGGUCUUGCCCCGCUGCUGGGUUCGUCCAGGGUCAACCAGCGAUCCAAGCCCAUUAAGAGCCCGUACGCGUCGUCGGUCAAACCCACGCAGCCGAGGGACCGCCCAAACGUCAACGUCCAUCCUCCGGAGGGGACGCAGGGGGGCAAAUCUCAUCAUCGAGACGCGGCGGUGGCCAGCCUGAUGACGCGAGAGAAGGAGAAGCUCGCGGAGGAGGUGGUCGAGUCCAGAAGGCUACUGCGGGAUAUGGAGGAGCAGCUCCGCGUCGCCAACACCGAGUCGCUCCGUUUGGGAGCCGAGGUGAGGAAAAGGGACAAGACCAUCGCGGCUCUCGGCGAGGCGCGCCACUCGGGACCCGACGGGGGCAGAGCCGCGCGGGUCACCGAGCUCGAAACCGAGGUGGAGACGUACCUGUCGGAGAUUGCCCGGCUCGCCAAAGUGCUCGCGGGGGUGCACCUCGACGAGAAAAAGGCGGGCGCGAAGAAGGUAUCGUUCGCGGCCGGGACGGGGACGGUUCCGGCGGCUUCCUCGGGGAGCUCAUUCGAGGAGCUCAGCGAGGAGGUGAGGGAGCUCAGGGCACAGCUCGCGUUGGGGCCGAGGCUCUCCAAGUUUGGCGGGGACGGACGGAAGCGAACGGAGGAUGCCACCUUGGAGGAUGACCUUCACGACGCCGAGGAGAGGAUCAGGUCACUGGACCUCCAAUUGGAAGAGAGAGAGCAGGUGGCUCGGAGGUUGCGAGCCGAGUCGGAGCGGCUGAGCGCGAGUGGGGACGAGCUUCGACGCGAGAAGGAGGCGCUUCAACGGGACGCUUCGCGACUGAGGGAGGACAGGGAACACUUCAGGCGCCUCGCCGCGAUGGAGGCUGCCGCGGCGGCGGCCGCUCGGGAGGAGGCGAGCGUGGCAAAGGCUGAGGCGGCCAGGACUAAACCGGUGGUGAGCAGGUUGAAGCAACAGCUGGUCACCCUCGUCGAGCAGGUUGACCAGAUGCGCGCGGCGGGAGGGGCAUCGGUUCGCGGAGGCGAUACGGACAUGGACGGGGCCUCCAUCAUCGCGCCGUCAUCCGUCGACGCGACCGCAUCUCGCGCGUUCAGGCGUCGCGCGGCGGCCGGCGGCCGGCUCGCGACGAUGGCUGAGGAAGGGAGCGAGGAGGCUUCAGAAAGCGGGGUUCCGUCGAGGAUGUCCGUCGAGAGCCCCGGGGCAAACGAGGGGGGAGGAGGGCGCGAGGAGGAUGAGGACAGCGACGUGGACGAGGCUGACGAGUAUCUCAUCGCGGACGCGCUGGAUAAGUCGGAGGCGUCCUCGUCGGGCUAUUCCUCUUACGGCGCCGACGAUUACGAUGACGACGACGAGACGGCGACGAGGGACGACGAGACGCACGCGCGGUCGGAUUCGGAGACGACGACGAGCUCCAAACGAUAG